UCGACUCUGAGUUUACCAUUGCUUGCCAGUCAGAGGGCGGUCUGUCUGUUUGGUGAUUGCGAAACAUUUGAUCAGAUUUUGUCUAUUUUGAUGGACAUCCCAUCGGAAGUCGACGACUAAAAGUGUUGUCACAACCAGACCGAUCAACAACAGGUCCAGCACAAUAAUGUCACGUGCCUAGAGACAAGAAACCAUUAUGGGAUGUUGCAGUGGUGACAACCGGGUGAAACCAUUCAAGACUGAUGACGUUGACGUUGAAGAUGGUUUUGAUGGACCCCUUGCCGACCGUAGCUGUCGUGACGUCAUUUGUCUCAUUAUCUUCCUCCUGUUCUGGGUUGGAAUGGGUUAUGUAGCUGUGGUGUCAAUCCGCGAUGGCCAACCAGAACGGCUUAUCUUUGGUGCCGAUAGCUUCGGGAACGUUUGUGGCCGACAAAACCAGCACAUUGACGGGGUUCGGCUCUCCGGGACUGACCUUACUGACAAACCCUUCGUGUUCAUGUUCAACUCGGACGCCAUCAAAAAUCCACUCAAACCGGGGAAAACAAUUUGCGUCUCAGCAUGCCCUGAAACUACGCUCCUCUUCAUGAGUGACGUCAUCGAACUAGCAAGGAAUCGCUCCAUCUUCCUGUGUGAAUACAACGUCACAAUAGAUGAUUAUGAUACGGCAGAGCAAGGAGACAAUGCACCAUGCCCAAAUACACCUGUUCUUGCCAGUGUCCCAAUCUUGAAUCGCUGCAUUCCAUCUGCAGCUAUAAGCAUUGCAUCCUCCAUGAUUGAUACAGACUGGCUAAAGAGAGCGGCCACUGACGUUGAGAACUCUUGGCGUGAGAUACUCUACCUUUGUGCAAUUUCUUUCGGUCUAUCCUUGGUGGUGCUAGUCCUUCUACGAUUCUUUGCCGGGGUUCUUAUAUGGACGGUAGUAUGUGGUUUCAUAGUAGGAAGUCUUGGGGGAUCAGGAUAUCUGUGGUACCUAUGGUGGCUGGAGAACGCUAUACUACAGACAUAUCUGCCAUCAGAUCCGUCUAAAGAUGAACAAGACCAUACAGUGAAAACCAUGCUGAUUUAUGCAGGAGUAGCUAGUGGAGUGACGGUCAUUCUUCUCUUGGUGCUCCUCGUCAUGCGCAAACGGAUUGCCCUAGUGGUGGCGCUAUUCAAGGAGGCAGGCAGGGCGGUAGCAUCUAUGCCAUUCCUUCUCCUUCAACCAGUAUGGACCCUCCUUGCCCUAGCUGUUUUGAUUGCCUAUUGGGGCUUCGUAUACCUGUAUCUCGUCACUGCCGGUCAUCCUGAACUCGACAAAGAAACUGGAUACGUUACUUACAAGUCGGAUCAACUUGCCCCGUACAUGUGGUGGUACCAUCUCUUCGGGUUACUCUGGGGAUCUCAAUUCCUCUUGGCCUGUCAACAAUGCGCCAUAGCGGGCGCUGUGGCAGCCUGGUUCUUUGCUCGUGACAAAAGUCAACUCAACUGGCCUAUAAUGAAAUCAGUGCAACGAAUUAUCAGAUAUCAUAUUGGAUCUUUAGCAUUUGGAUCUUUCAUCAUCGCUCUUGUCAUGAUGGCUCGUAUUAUCCUGGGCUACAUUCAAUCAAGACUUCGUCACUCACAGAGUGACAUAGUGGCUUACAUCAUUAAAUGCCUACAGUGUUGCCUUUGGCUUUUCGAGAAAGUUCUUCGCUUCAUCAACAGGAACGCAUACAUUGAAAUCGCAAUCUACGGAUACGGUUUUUGUAAGGCUGCACAGAAGGCGUUCUCCCUCCUCGUUGCCAACGUAUUGCGUGUCGCUGCCAUCAACUCAGUGGGUGAUUUCGUUCUUCUUCUCGGCAAGGCAGUCGUUGUCGCCGUGGUCGUUGUCAUUGGUAUGCAGUUCUUCAAGGACAAGCCGGACAUACACUACGAGUUUGUACCGCUCACCCUGGCCGCCAUCUUUGCCUUUCUUCUCAGCCACAUCUUUCUGUCAGUUUAUGAGAUGGCGAUUGACACGCUGUUCCUCUGUUUCUGCGAAGACUGUGAACGAAAUGACGGCAUCUCCAAGCCGUAUUUCAUGAGCAAAAAUCUCAUGAGUUUUGUUGACAACGCAAAGAAAGCACAGGAUGCUAAAGACUUAAAGAGACGAGCAAAACGAGCGGCCGUGCAGACCGCUGCAGCGGUCAUGUAGUCUACUCUCAGUCAACAACCUGUCUCGACAAAUGACCGAUCCGUUUACGAAACACUUUUCAACUAACGAAAAUGUUGCUAUCCGUGUUCCAUUUCCACUUUUCUUAUAAAUCUCGGCUUAAAAGGUACUUUCGUUACAGCUCUUGUGACGAUUUCCAUUUGUUAUUAAAAGUAAUUGGACUUUAGUGGAUCCAAUGUAGCAGCAGCCUUGUUACCAUAUUCCAUUGAUCGCGGAAGCAUGGGCAAGCUCAAAAUUACGUAAAAUAACUGCAAUCGAUCUCUCUGCUGCCACAAUCAAUAAUGACAAAAUUUUGGACAAUAAUUGUAUUUUCUAAGUAGGCCUAUUACUCCAUACAUAAUUUUUGAGAAUUAAUAAAAAUGUAUAAUGUAUAUAAUCAUUUAUAUACAAACAGACUAUUUGGCUUAAUUUCUUUGCAAUUCACUGCUAUAAAAUUAAUUAUAUAUUUUAAGUUUUCCAAUUGGAAAAUAACAAAGUAUUAUUGUUUAUUUUUCAAAGUGUGAAACUCCACCGACUCGAUUUGUCAUUAGUUUAUCGAUAGUCACAACGAAUGCUUACCAAAAUAAUUCUAAACUCUUCUUCAAUUGUUAAAAAAAAAAAGUGUUAAAAGUUGUGCCCAUUUGCUUAAGCUGUUUUGCUUAAAACGUAUCAAAGACAAAAUGUAAUAGAAACUAUUGCUGACUAGAGAGAAGUUUAUUUGCACAGCUAUUUUUUGUACACUUUUAUUACUUUGUUAACCACUGUCAAUGCAGCAUUACAUUAUGGCUGAAAACUUAAAUAAUUAUUUCAAGUGCUCUUAUUAAAAUCAUGUCUCAUGAUCU